AUGGCGGACGUCAGCGAACCUGGACCGGAGGAUUCGGCUUCGCCGUUGCAGGGUGAGCCGUCUGAACCGCUGCCGGAGGUGGCAGUCACGGAUGCUAAUGAGCCGAUAGAGGAAGGCACUGGCGAUGCCAACGGCGGCCAUGCAGUCGGUGCUGACGUGCCAGAUAGCGGAGAAAUAAGCGCUCUCAACGUUGACACCGAUACAGAUGCAGCCGCAGAUGCAGGCAUGAAUGACAGCGACGAAGCGGGCGACCACCCCAACGUCAAUGCCGGUGUAAAUGAUGAUGCCGACGUGGACGUUGAUGCGAAUAUGGAUGGGGAUGUCGAUGAGGAUGUCGAUGUCAAUGACGCUGCCGAUGCCGAUGCUGAUGACGCUGCCGGUGCUGAUGACGCUGCUGAUGCCAUGGCCGAAGACGCAGCCAACGCAGGCGUAUCAAUCAUGGUUGAUGAAGAAGCAAAUAUGGACGAGGACGGCGAACAAGAUGACGAUGACGACCUUUCAUUUGACCCCUUUCCCAGCCUUUCUAACGAUGAAUUUGCCACACGACUCGAAGAACUCAGGUUGCAGCUGCAUGAAGUAGAUCGAGAAAAUUAUAUUCUCGAUCGCGCCUGGGUCAAGGCUGAGGCCGAUAUGCGCGAAAAGAGCGCCGCUCCCAAAGCUCCUUCGGCCAAGCCGACCGCCACCCGUAAUCCCAAACGGCGCUCCCGCAUGCGUCCUGCCUCAUCCACCACCGAGACGGCCGAGCCGCAGAUUCCCGUCUCCCUGACCGAUGCACAGCUUGCUGAGUUGGCCCGUCGCGAGGUUGACCAGCUUCAGAGUGAGUACGACGAAGAUCAUGCCCGCAUGGACAAGGCUCUGGCCGACCUGCAGGCCGAGCUUUUCGACUUGCAAGAACAAGUUCGUGAAAUUCCUGGUCAGAUUGACCUCUUCCAGCACGACGUCGCUGCUACUGCUGCCACGACUCGCUCAGGCAAGGUGGAAACGGAAACUUUGCAACGCUUUUACGAAGUUCAGAGUCAGGUUUGUGGCCGAUGCCGCGGCUUGCGUAUCAUGUUUCGCUGUUUCCCAGCCAGGCUUGGUAGUCGCUCAUUUUGCCGGACACUUGCGCCCCACGGUCGGGGUGGUCCCCAGGCCCUCGAAACAACCGUGGAUAAGUUGCAACUCAAGGCCAAUAGCUUGCGACAGCAGCAGCGCCGUGUGGCGGAGCAUCUACGGCACAAAGAGGAAUACGGCGGCGUCCUACAUCAGGUUGACUUUGAGCAACUGCGUAUUGAAAACAGCCAGCAGAAUACCACUCUGGACACGCGCAGCAAGGAGCUGCUCAACCUCAAGGUGACCCUUUCCAAGACCAACCAAGCUCUCACCAAGCAAAAAGAUCAUCUCUCUCAGACCGAGCGCGAACUCGCCCAAGUUCAGGCAGAACUCAAGCGACGUGAAACCUUGCGCCAGAAGAUAGAGGCUGAGUUUGAGCAGGUGACUGCCCGCAACGCAACGCUUAAAAAAGCCAAUGACGAACUAAAGCAAGAGCGUGAGGAUUUUAAAGUGCCAUCAGUGAUGGACUACGUGCAAGAGCAAGCUGCACUGCCGCGUCUGCGCGCCAACGUGCGCACGCUCGAGCGCAAGGUCGAGCUGGCUCAG